AUGAAAUCAAUCAUAUUAAUUCUUUUCAAUGCUCUUCUUGCAUCAAUUUGGGCAAUUAGAGUCAAUAGCACACCACUCGAUUAUUAUUUAACCAGCGAACAAAUGGGCAGUUCUGGCACAUUUGAUGGUGACCUAUUGACUUGUUCUUGGGUUGAUGAUUCUUUAUCCAUGAAUUUUUAUAUCACUUUGUCGUUAAGUACCGCUUCUCCUCGGUCUCAGCUAGAUGGUGCUAAAUAUCUUGUUGUAGGAAAAAAGCAAAUUUGUAUGCUUUAUAAAAUUUAUGACACUAUAGUUUAUAACUAUAAAUAUGAUAGUAGAGGAAGUUGGGAAAGUCUUUAUUUUCCGAUUGAUUCAAUCUCUGACUAUGGAUCUGAUAAUACAUCUCCACCUACACCUACAGAUACUACAGAUACUACAGAUACAUAA